GUCCAAUGCAUCCCCAUCUGAAGGCAAGGGCAUGGCCCUCCUGCCCCGGGAGAUCUUCUGGCUUAUACUGAAGCGUCUCGAGCCGGGCGAUGUCCUCCGUUGCCGACGAGUCUGCAAAUCAUGGAACGAAGCCUUUCGCAUUGGCGCCAACCUGCUUCCAAUGCUAAAGAAACGAUACCCCUUAGCCAGAGAAGUGCGACAGCUAGCCUCUGAAAGCGCAGAAACGCUCGAAUCACCAGAAUACGACACUCACAUAUCCCAGAUCUUCGACAAAGUCACAGCCAAAUACGACUAUCUAAGUCGACUAACGUACCGAACAAUGCACAAGUUCAAGCUCAGCAAUGACUUCGGCAUCACAGGCCAGAAGAACUGGUUCUCCGUCCCGCCAUGGGAACACCACGCCAGCCAUCUCAUGCAGCGCGUCGACCGAUCAUUCGGCGAGACCUUCUGGACCUACGACGACGGGCUCCUAGUAUUCCCAAGUGCAGAGCAUUCAUGUCUCGUCCUAAUGGACAUGGAAACCGACAGAAAAUUCAUGGUCCCAUUCAUCAUCGUCGGGCGAAUAAUCCGCCGAGUCCGUCUGCAGAAACGAGUCCUCAUCAUCGAAUGGGCAGAAUACAUACCCUACCACUGGCUCAACGACAGCGACGGUGUCCACCGACACUUCGCGACCUCCUUCGACGUGAACCGCAAGGAAGAUGGCUGGAGCGUCAACUUCCGAAACGAAUGGAAGAUCAUGUUCCUCGGCCAUCCUCUCAGCGAGCGAGAUCGUUUCUACUCCACUCAUACCAGCACCCAUUAUGCCAUCUACAUCUGGCAACCCAACCGCAGCCUCUACACCGCAGACGAGGACGCCCCCAUCGAGUCCCUCUCCGUCUGGGACAUUUCCAAACCCUCGGAUUACCGACCUUCCCUAGACCCGACAGGUCGCUUGCGAUUCGAGUCCGCAGGAGGAGGAGAAGAAGACCUCGGACCAACCAUCAUCACUCGCCUCGGGUUCCGAGAACUAGAUUUCUACGGCAUCCGUCAGCGAGGUCUCCCAAUGAUACAAUCCCUCAGCAUCACCGACGACGAUCAGUCCAUAGAGAUCCUCGAGGGUACGUGCGCGGGCCGUUCACCGCAGGUCCUUAUCCCUGAGGCAUGGGAGUCUGAGGUGUGGGUGACGACUAUCCCCAUCGUUGGCGAGGGUCCGCGCCGGCGACAACGCGCUGACUUUGCCUUGCCACCGUAUCGAGGGAACUGUAGCUUGCAGACUAAGCCUAUUACUUUUGCGAUCUGCGAUGAACCGUGGCAUUCCAUUGUUUGUGAGUCGUAUGAUGAGCAGUCGCAGACGGGUUAUUGUCUUUACUAUGAGAAACAGGAAUGGCCGAUUGAAAUGGCUCUGUUUCUCGCUGUUGCCUCACCUGAGUACGCUCCUGAACCGGCAAUUGUCUUGCCAUGGAGCAUGGUAACGGAGUUCAUUGGGAUGGGGAAGGUUUGUGGGACGGAGGACUAUAUAAUAGGGCAGAACCGCGAUCGUGAGCUUGUUAUAUUUAGGUUUGAUAGAUGAGGUGAUUGUUCAAUUAUCACUGAGGAAUACUGCAUUGCAUACUUAAGCUCACUAGAUUAGGUUUUCAUGAAUAGUAAACGAACUGAAACAA